AGUCUAUGCUCACCAUCCUCGCAGCCCUGGUGGCCGCAACCUUGGCCAAGCAUUCUACUUGCAGCUGGCAGCCGGUCACAUCCGACCCCACGACUUACAAGCUCAAGCACUUCUGUGACGCCAAAAGCACGGUCAUCGAUCAGAAUAAAGGCAGUAGGAAUUGGACCUGCGCCCACAACUUCAACGGCUUCAAAAGGCAGGUCAAGAUUGCCGACUACAGUGUCCUCCAGCCCAAAGUGAUCGAGGUCGGCACACCCUGCGGUGAAGGAGGGUGGUAUCGAAACGAGGACGGCUUCUGCAGCAGCGAUGUCUUUGCGGUCUGCCUCAGUAAAGACCGUGGAGUCGCUACGAGCUGCUACUUCUUGUCUGCAGAUGAUGAUUGUCAGUGGCCCGGUACUUUCGAGGCCAAAGAUUUGCCUGCCAAUAUCACUGCCUGGUGGCAGCCUUGAGCUUUAGUGUCAUGAGUGACUUGAUCUUCGGU